CGCAUGACGCAGGCCGCACGUUUCAGGCCUGAGAAACCGUUGCGCUUCUGAGGAGACGCCUCAACCCGCAGUUACUACAGCGCUAGGAGCUUCCGCCUCGGCCACCUCCAUCACCCGCAUCACCAUGGGAGCAGUGCUGGGCGUCUUCUCCCUCGCCAGCUGGGUUCCAUGCCUUUGCGGUGGUGCAUCAUGUUUGCUGUGUAGCUGCUGUCCCAACAGUAAGAAUUCCACUGUGACUCGCCUCAUCUAUGCUUUCAUCCUCUUCCUGGGCACUAUUGUAUGUUGUAUCAUGUUUCAUGAAGGGAUGGAAACUCAGCUGAAGAAGAUUCCUGGAUUCUGUGAUGAAGGACUUAAAACCAAGUUGGCUGAUAUAAUCAUGGAUAAACAUUGUGAUGUGCUGGUUCGUUAUAAAGCCGUAUAUCGAAUCAACUUUGCCUUGGCCGUCUUUUUCUUUGCCUUCUUUCUGCUCAUGUUAAAAGUGAAAACGAGUAAAGAUCCCAGAGCAGCGAUACACAAUGGGUUUUGGUUCUUCAAAAUUGCUGCCAUUGUUGGUAUCAUGGUUGGAUCUUUCUAUAUCCCUGGGGGCCACUUCACCACAGCCUGGUUUUUUAUUGGCAUGGUGGGGGCUGCCUUCUUCAUCCUCAUCCAGCUGGUGCUGUUGGUGGACUUUGCUCACUCUUGGAAUGAAUCAUGGGUAAAUCGAAUGGAAGAAGGGAACCCAAGGUGCUGGUAUGCGGCUUUACUGUCUGUCACAAGCAUGUUUUAUAUCCUGUCAAUCAUCUCUGUCGUAUUGCUCUACACAUACUACACCAAACCAGAUGGCUGCACAGAAAACAAGUUCUUCAUCAGUUUUAAUCUGAUCCUUUGCAUUGUGGUUUCUAUUAUGUCAAUCCAUCCAAAAAUUCAGGAACACCAGCCUCGUUCUGGCCUCCUGCAGUCCUCUAUCAUCACCCUCUACACCAUGUACCUCACAUGGUCAGCCAUGUCCAAUGAACCUGAUCAUUCCUGCAACCCUGGCCUAUUGAGCAUCAUUAUGCACAUGACCUCACCAACCUUGGCUCCUGCAAAUGCAACUGCUCUUGCCCCUACUCCUGCUGCACCGUCGCAGAGUGGGCCUUCUCUGAAUAAAGAGAACUUUAUUGGGCUGGUCGUCUUUGUUCUCUCCCUUUUGUAUUCUAGCAUCCGCAAUGCCAGCAAUAGCCAAGUAAGCAAGCUGACCCUGUCAGGAAGUGACAGCGUGAUCCUCCGUGAUACGACUGCCAACGGCGCCAGCGAUGAGGAAGAUGGACGGCCUCGGCGGGCUGUGGACAACGAGCGAGAGGGCGUGCAGUACAACUACUCCAUAUUCCACCUCAUGCUCUGCUCGGCUUCCUUGUACAUCAUGAUGACCCUGACCAACUGGUACAGCCCUGAUGCAAACUUCCAGACCAUGACCAGCAAGUGGCCAGCUGUGUGGGUCAAGAUCAGUUCCAGCUGGGUCUGCCUCCUCCUCUACGUCUGGACCCUUGUGGCUCCGCUCGUCCUCACCGGUCGAGACUUCAGCUGAAGCUCUGAGUGCCAAGGACACACUGAAAUUCAUAAAGGUCUCCUUUGCUGAAAGCUCACAUCCCUUUUACUUUUGCUUCAACUAAUAUAUUAAGCAAACUCUCUGCAAAUAAGACUAUAUCCAGGUUUAUAUCAGAGGGCAAGAGUGAAUGAUGCUUGAUGCAGGAUCAGAACUUUUCGUUUAUAUCUAUAUUAUGUUUAUAUGUAAGGAUAUAGAGUAAAAGGAACGUUUUGCCUUUUAAAGUGAACUACAGCUGUGCUGUGAAGAGAGUUCUUUAUUAAGACUUAUAGGUUCCUACAACUUUGAUUUAACAUGUAAGACAGAAAAAUGUUGGAUAUUUGAGGCUGUCGUUAAUAUAUUUCUAUUGCAAAAUCUUUAAAAAGCAUAGUAAUUAUAAUAAUGCAUUUCUAUGACAGUUUUCUUCUGUGAAAGUCUUGUGUGAAACAAGCUCUUUGUUCAGUCCUUAAACUCAUAGUGCUUGGGGAGAGGAAUACAUGUGUGGGUCUUGCCCCAGAAGAGGGGUUGCUAGUAUGGCUACUGUUUCUAUAUCUUGAGUUUUUUCGUUUACUUUUUUUUAUCCUACAGUCUUGAUGCUGCUUGAUUUAAGCCUGUGGCUUUGCCAGAAAUGUUAAUUUCAAUUAAAUGCUUUGUAGGUUUGGUUAAACUGAAGAUUCACUUGGGAAAACUGUGCAACUUUAGUCUGUGUAAUUAUCUUGUUAUGAGUAUGUAAAAGUAUAAUGCAUGUGAAUUUAUUAUUUGCACUAUAAAGGUAUUUGAUUAAAAUAGAAAGACAAGCUUUUAAGGCCCUUUCUUUAACAGCUUUUAUCAGUUAGCAGCCAUUCUAUGUUUUUCUUUUUUUUUGGACAUAUGGACAGUCAGGUUUAUAAAUCAUCUUGCAGAAUGCUCCUGUUCCUUCUAAAACUUAAGGUCUGGCUGGUGAGUAGAGUCUUGAACUCAUUUGGAAAUGGUACUAAAUAUCUUUUCUGGGCAAGACACUUGGGUAGAUGAGCGAGAAGGUCAGCACUGCCGGGAAGCUUUCGGGAGAGGCAGCACACAGGGCGGUAGAACAGAACAGUGCACUCAGGGAAGAUUUACUGCGCGUUCUGUACCAGGCCCUGUCAGGUUCUGGGAUGCACCUUUCAACAUGACAGGCAGCGGCUCUGCCAUCUUGGACUUAGAGUUUCGAGGAGGAUAUAAUGAGCUGACAGGUAGUACAACGUGUUGUGAUUAGUGCUGUGAUUUAGGAAUUGCAGAGAACUCAAAGUAGAGGUGCUAGGUUGGGGUGUCAUGGUAGGCUUCUUGGAAAAAGUGUUGUCUAAGCCAAGAAACGUUAGGAGUUAGCUAAUAAAAGAGAAAUGGGGAAGUGGAAUGGCAUUGCUGAAGGGUAGACUAAAUGGUAUGUUAAGGGUAGGGAGAUUAAAAAAAAAAAAAACAUGUUCAGUGAAGCUGUAAAGGGGAGAAGUGGGCAGGGACUAGGUCACGAAGGGCUUUGUAAACCACACUGAAGAGUUUGGACCUUAUGCGAGGGCAACAGGGAACAUAUUCACAUAUUCAGAGUGACGUGGAUGAAUGAUGUCUUCAGUCACUGUGGCUGAUAUAUGGACAAUGGAUUUAGGGACAUGAGACCGGGGCAGUCCAUAUAAUAAGAUUUGAAACAAAGAAGUCAAAGUGAGGAUGGAGAGAAACUGACAGCUGAGAGUUACUGAGUAAUUAAAAAUUUUAACUUGGCAAUUGAUUAGCUAUGGGGGAGAGGUAGAUUCCUGAGUCAUGCUGAUUUAAUCACCUGAGUGUAUGGUGGUUCCGUUUAUAUGGUGAGAAAAACCGGAAGGGGAGGAACAAUUUGCACUAGAAGAGAAGAUGGGAGGUGGUCCCUCAAGAUGGCUAAGAGUCAGACUGUUUAGGUUUGCAAACAAGCUUUGCCAUUUUCUAUCAGUCAGACUGGUCAGUUAAUACUUAUUGAGUAUAUACUAUGCUUUAUGACCUUGGGCAAAUGACAAUCUGUCUGAGCCUCAGUGUUUCCUUUGUUUGGAAGUUUAUCUUAGUACAAAAGAUUGUUUAGGGAGUAAAACUACUUUGCAAGGUGCUUAACCCAUUUUAAGCACAUCUGGUGGUAGCUGCUAAUCUCCGUGUGGGCUAAUAUGAGACCAGACAAUAGUCAAAGGUCAGAGAUAUUCACCCAUAAUCUGGUGGAGGUUAGAUUUGAGGUGUUCUUACAGAAUUAAACAGAUGGGACAUAGAGGGGACAGUAUCAGUUGAGCUGUAGGUGAGGGGUCAGGAAACAGGGCUUGAUAUGAAGUGUUGGAACCACCACCAUUUAAACCAGUACCUUAUGCCGUGGUUCAGAGAUAAAGUUGCCAGGGAUUUGGGGGGCAGUUCGGGGAGGUGUAGCCCCUUACUUUGCCAUUGAAAAGCAAUCACCGCAUUUUCCUUAAAGCAGGGCCAGCCAGUUUUAAGACUUUUAAAGGUCCUGAACUUCCAGAACAUUACCGUGUACCAUCCCCCACCUUAUGUCCUUUAAGGUAAAAGCAAUACUAAACUGUAAAGUAAGUGUAACAAAGUCCAAUAAAGGUUUUAUUUUCUUCUCAUGA